AUGUCGACGAGGAGGCAUUUUGCGAUAUUCACCACCGCAAGCCUCCCAUGGAUGACGGGAACAGCCAUCAACCCUUUGUUCCGGGCUGCUUACCUGGCAAAAAAUGGUGAUAAGGAUGUCUCGCUAGUGAUCCCCUGGCUUUGUCUAACGGACCAAGAGUUGGUUUACCCUAACAAUAUUGUAUUUGACUCGCCUUUGGAGCAUGAGAACUAUGUUCGUCACUGGAUCGAGGAGAGGAUUGACUUCAGGCCAUCCUUCAGCAUCAAAUUCUACCCAGGGAAGUUUUCUAAAGAAAUGAGAAGCAUUCUCGCUGUUGGAGAUAUUACAGAAUGCAUUCCAGAUGAAGUUGCUGACAUUGCUGUGUUGGAAGAGCCUGAGCAUCUGAAUUGGUACCACCAUGGGCGAAGAUGGAAAAAUAAGUUCCGGCGAGUUAUAGGAGUUGUUCAUACAAAUUAUCUAGCAUAUGUAAGGAGAGAAAAGAAUGGUCAAGUUAUUGCUUGUUUCCUCAAGUAUGCUAACACUUGGGUAACUCGAAUCUAUUGCCACAAGAUUAUCAGAUUGUCAGGUGCCACCCAAGAUCUGCCCAGGUCUGUUAUAUGCAAUGUCCAUGGCGUUAAUCCAAAAUUUCUUGAGGUAGGCAAGCUAAAGUUGAGGCAGCUGCAGAAUGGGGAGAAAGCCUUCACAAAAGGGGCAUACUACAUCGGGAAGAUGGUAUGGAGUAAGGGAUACAGGGAGCUUCUUGAUCUGCUGUCCAAAUAUCAGAGCAAGUUGGUUGGUCUUGAAGUGGAUUUAUAUGGCAGCGGAGAAGAUUCUGACGAGGUCUGUGAAUCUGCCAAACGUUUAAGUUUGUCUGUCAAUGUUCAUCCUGGUCGUGAUCAUGCAGAUCCCUUGUUCCAUGAGUAUAAAGUGUUCAUCAAUCCCAGCACCACAGAUGUGGUCUGUACGACCACCGCUGAAGCCCUGGCAAUGGGAAAGAUAGUUAUAUGUGCCAAUCACCCGUCAAAUGAGUUCUUCAAGCAAUUCCCCAACUGCCGUAUCUAUGACAAUGAAGACGAGUUUGUACAACUAACACUGAAUGCUCUAUCAGAGCAACCUGCUCCAUUGACAGACAUGCAGAGGUACGAGUUGUCAUGGGAGGCUGCGACUGAGAGAUUCAUUGAGGCUGCUGAUAUAAAUCCUCAUGUGCCGGAGUCCAGGACCCAUCAAAGCUCGAGGGCUUUGUUGCCUGCUUUUCUGAGAACUCGUAAACUGAAACAGAACUUAGAGGACGCGUCAGUUUACCUGCACCAAGCCCUCUCAGGUCUGGAAGUCACUCGCUGUGCGUUUGGUGCUGUUCCUAAGACGCUGCAGCCUGACGAGCACCUCUGUAAAGACCUUGGUUUGGCUCCUCCGGUAAAGAGGAAAAGGCUGAAAUUUAAGAUGACGUAA